UUGCAUAUACUUUUUCAAGCAAAGCUUGAAUUCCUUGAAAUCCCCAUUGAUUAUCUAAAUUCCUCUACUCCGUGCUCUUGAUUGUGCUUAGUGUUCGUACUAGUACUCAGAAACGAGCGUGAUUUAUAAUAAAACGGGGAUCGCUAACGACGCUAUCGACAUCAUCGUCUUUCUAGACUGCGCUUUCUCCUACUCAGAGUCUCAGACAACAGCACGAUUUGUUGACUUUGGUAAAAAAACAUCCUUUGCCAGCUUCAUGACUCGGCUUGUGACCAUCUGAUUGGUGCUAUUUGCGGAUUUAAAAUAGCUCUCCUUUAUUUGCCUCUCGAUCAAAAUAUACAAUUUAGGGAAAAGGGGAUGCAAGCAUACAGCGCAACAUCAUACCUAGGCGUAGUGCUCUAGGAUUCAACAUUGUGUAUAUAUAUCAUGUCGAAUCCCACGAAGACUCCUGCUUCUGUAGCUACAGACAGAAUUCUCUCUCUCACAAAUCACUUCAAAGACUCUUUGAACCCAGCAGACGACUUACAAAAAGCGAAAAUGGCAACCUCAUAUAAAUUCCAAGGAUGGAUGGCAUUAGAUAAGGAGGCGGCCAAAGGAAGUAUGGUAUGGCAAGAAUUUGAACCGAAGCCCUGGACAGAGGAUGAUGUCGAUAUCAAAAUCGCCUACUGUGGUAUCUGUGCGUCUGAUAUUCAUACUUUAAGAUCUGGAUGGGUAUGUAUUCAUAUCGUGGAAAAUGCAGAAUAAGACUGACGAUUUGUCUAUAGGGCCCGUCAAACUAUCCGUGCUGUGUAGGGCAUGAAUUGACUGGUACUGCGGUUAAGGUCGGAAAGAAUAUAAAACACAUCAAGCUCGGCGAUCGAUGUGGUGUCGGUGCACAAUCCGGUGCUUGCCUCAAGCCAGAUUGCGAGGAGUGCGCAAGUGGAUUACAGAACCAUUGCCCAAGAAUUGUUGGAACUUAUAACAUGGCGUACCCCGAUGGCUCAAAGUCCUACGGUGGUUAUGCAGAUUACUGGCGGGGUCCAGCCGAUUUCGUUUUCAAGAUCCCUGAAGAACUUUCUCUUGCCGAAGCUGCUCCUAUGCUGUGCGGAGGUAUCACAGUAUGGUCACCCCUUGUCAACAACGGAGCCGGACCAAACAAACGAGUCGGCAUAGUGGGCAUCGGAGGUUUGGGUCACUUUGGUCUUCUAUGGGCUAAGGGUCUCGGCUGCAAAGAGGUGGUUGCAAUUUCGCGAACAAACGGGAAGAAAGCCGAUGCAGAGAAGAUGGGUGCCACCAGAUUCAUUGCCACCGAGGACAAAGAUUGGUCCAAGAAGCACGCCAAAUCACUCGACUUGAUCAUUUGCACUGUCUCCAGCCCAGACAUGCCAAUCGAUGGAUAUCUUCAAUUGUUGAAAACCAAAGGUGAAUUCAUUCAAGUCGGAGCGCCGGAGGACGUUAUCCCACCUUUGAAUAUGUUUUCUUUGAUUGUGAAAGGACUCAAGCUUGGAGGUAGUGCUAUCGGUUCACCAAAGGAGAUCAAUGAGAUGCUCGAAUUUGCUGCCAAAAAUAAGAUCCAUCCAUUCAUUGAGGAAAGACCAAUGUCGCAGGCAAACCAAGCUAUUGUUGACAUGGAGGAUGGAAAGGCUCGAUUUCGCUAUGUCUUGGUGAAUGAAAAGCAUGCAAAUGAAUUAAAGGAGUAGAUAGAUAAUAUUAACUGUUUGGAUUUGGAGGUAUAUGGAGCAGAUGAGGAGGAGCAGAUGAGGCGUAGCACAUAAAGAGAGAUAGCUGAAAUCGAUAAGCACUUGCAAAAGUAGUGAAAGAUGCCAAUCCAAAAGGCAUCAGUAUAAAAAGAA